AUGACCCAGACAAUGAUGGGACCAAAGCUCUUUUCUUCAUCUGUGACCGACAGCUGUGUCCCAAUUGCACCCCGCGAUCCAUCACUACUGAAGAAGGAUGUUACGCGCCCAUCAGAUGGGUCUGGCAUCCAAAAGGACCGGCUCUCAAAUACGCUGGCACCUCGCGAUCCAUCUCCCACCAUUACAGGUCAAGCACAAGAAGAUCCUAAUCUCCCUCGAGGAAUUGAGGCAGUCACACAGCCUACAGCGACCCCUCAAGCGAUCCCCCAGUCCUUCUUGGAGCCACAGGUGGAAACAGUCCCAAAGUCCGAGCCCCAUGACUCUCCAGCAGUUAGUUGGGCCAGCUCGUCAUCAGCGGUCUCCUCCUCGACUCUAGUCCCUUUUUUGCUCAUCUACUGGCAGGUCAACACUACCCUCUCCACCAUUGAGCUCCAAGUGCAAGUUGCACUAAGCCUGCUUGACAGUGAUGCCCAUGCAUGGGCUACCCCCAUCUAUGCCCAAAUCGCAGCUGUCACAGUCAAAGUCCAAGGGGCAGUCACACCCUUUGCCAACGUAGAGCUUGCCAAGCUCUGCGCUGACAAGUCGACGCGCAAAAGGUGCACCACUGCGGAAUUCUCCAUGCUGUUCAAGGGUCCGGCGGACCAUUCCAGGUAUGGUGACCUGGAACUUCGUGACAAGUACCUGAGCGGCGUCCCCUCUUGCGUUUAUCACAAAAUCGAGCUCAAGAUGUUCGCCAUGUGGGAAGCCACUGAGAAGCGUGCCAUGGAAAUCGAACAACAACUCAAUAUCAGCUGA